AUGUCCUCUCCGAUUCAAAUUGAUUCUUCCGGUGAAAACUCUCCUAGUCAGAAUUUGGUCAGCUCGUUUUCUGUAUCUUUAUCUGACAGUCUAUCUUUGAUGGAAGAAGAGACACUGGCUCAUGUUCACAGGGCUCGCAUCUCGAAAGUUGGCGAUGUAGAAUCUAGCUCGGUUAAGGGUUCGUGGUCUGAUCGGAACCUUGUUGAGACCGGGACCUCUAAGGCCGCUGGGUCCUCAAUACUUGGCCCAUCUUUCCAUCUAGGAGCUUGGCAUAGCCGUGAGCGAACUCAUCGUAACACCGCCUGGUCCGCUGGUGAGGAGGAUUCCGACUCUUUUGGUUGUCGAUAUCUACUCCGGGCAGACAGGAUCCUCCGGGACCGGGCCUAG